UUAACCGAUAUAAUAUUUUGUUGUCAGAACAGCAAAUAUGUCACAAGACGGCCAUUUAUGCAAUAUUUGUUGACAAACAAACACAAGUUUCUAAAUAUUUUAUUACAAAAUGUUGUGAGUACCGUCUCGGUACCAUACUUUAAUGACAGGCAAAAUGGAUUAUUACCAGAUUGGGGUUCUGUUAAAUCUGGUGUUGCUGAUCAAUGCAGAUAUCUUCGUAAGAAGAGGAAAUGACACCAUGGAGUCCUAUUUCGACAUGAUGUCUUCCUUUGGACCUGAGAUUGGAAGAGAAGGAGUUAAGGGCUAUGUUUAUGUAGUGAGUCCAGCGGAUGCCUGCUCGCCUGUACAGCCACCCCCACCCCUCCCCAACAAUCAAACGAUGAACUGGAUAGCCCUCAUCAUGAGGGACAACUGCACUUUCGUUGAAAAGGUGGCGAAUGUCCAGAGAGUCGGCUAUAGGGUGGCGAUUGUCUAUAACAACGGGCACGAUGCCAACAGGAAUGGAUUAAUAUCGAUGGGCGGGGAUGGCCAGGAUAUCAAGAUCCCCUCCGUGUUCAUUGGCUGGGAUGAUGGAGUCGAAAUAAGGGAGCAGUUCUGCUACAACUGUUCGUCAUCCAUGUACUACCUGUUCAUAGAUGAUCAUGAGCAUGACAACUAUACCUCAUACAUGCUGUGGCCGUUUGCAGUGGUCGUGGGAGUCUGCUUUGUGCUGAUGCUUACCUUCUUGCUGGUCAAGUGGUGUCGUGAUGCGAGACGCAGGAAACGCUCUCGGCUUCCAUCCAAACAUCUGAAGAAGAUACCAACAAAGAAGUUCAAAAAGGGUGAUGAGUACGAUGUAUGUGCCAUCUGCCUGGAUGAUUAUGAGGAGGGAGACAAGCUGCGUCUGUUGCCUUGUAGCCACGUCUACCACACCAAGUGCAUUGAUCCUUGGCUAACUAAGAACAAACGGAGCUGCCCUAUCUGUAAGCGCAAGGUGAUCCCGGGAAACGAUCCUGACGACUCCAGUGACUCUUCGGACGAGGAGUCUGGAAACACGGAAAGAACCCCGUUGCUUAGUAAUGCAUCAUUGGGUCAGAACUCACCUGGUAACAGGAGGUCAACAUUUGAUAAUUCAGGUUUGCCUACUCCAGUGCGUGUAGGGGUUGUAAACGAGGCCCACACUUCAAGUUCCCAUGAGUCUGAAGACUCGGAGUCAGAGAUGGGGGCAGUAGGCGGAAUCAGACAUUUAAAGCUCGGCAAGGAGAAUCCUCUCCUUUCAUUGGGCAAGUCUCCUGCUGACGAAUUCAAACCGACUAAUGAGAGGAGCCCUGCCAAGUCCACAGCCAAUCAGAAGAGAGCUGAUAAAGAGCUGAAUGAGUCUGGCGGGAGUGGCCAGUCAGGGAAGGCAGUGGCUUCGGAUGACUUGAUUGACAUUCAUGAUGAUGAUGGGGAGAGAUUUGAUAGUGAGAGGGUGGAGUCGGAAAGUUAUAGGGAGGAGUCAGAGAGUGAAGGGGAGGAGUUUGCGUGUCAUGACACAGAGGUGAUUGUCAGAGAUGGUGGGAAAGAGGUGAGGCAUGGCAAUGGAGUCGUUUAAGGAAUUCGAGAGAUUUUAUCAUGCAAAAAUUGAGAUUUCUGCGUACUGGUAUUUCCCUUUGUAAUAUUCUUUUUAGAAAAUUAUGUAAUUUUUUUUUUUCUUAAUAAUUUUGUGCUAUUUUGUAAGUUUAUUUGGUAAUUUGGAUAUGGCGAUCAAGGAUAUUAUUUUCUUCUUGUUUUAAAUACACAUUUAUAUUUUUUAUACAAUUAAAAAAACAACUGAUUUUAAGAUAAAAAUUGAGUUAGUAACAAAUAGGGAACUUUUUUCGAGAACACAACAAAAUCUAGAUUGAGUCUUGUUGCUAAGGGUUUCUAUUUAAAGACUAACAUUGCAUAUUGUUUGUGUAAUAUUGUUCAAGUACACUGGGCUAUCAAAGUAAAUUUACAAUUUGUUAUUCUUCACUGGCCAAUAUACAUCUGUUAUUUUUUUUUAUUCUGCUGCACAGGAAUUUAUACCGUAGCAUUUGCUUGAGCCAUCAGAACUAAACUUUUGUUUUCAGAAUCAAAAUCUUCAUUAAUGCUUUAAAUCAAUUAAAAUAACACUGGCAAGUAAUGAUAGUUAGGAUAAUCAAUGGUAAUUAUUCUGAAUGUUAGGAUUAUUAAUGGUAAUUAUUCAUACCAAAUGAGGGUCGUUAUGUUGAAUUUUUUUCUUUGUUGUUUACAUUUCAUACAUGCUUUGUAAUUGUACCCUAUCUAACCAUAUAGUACUAAUAUACCCAGGUUGAAAGAUGUUUUAAGAAAGGUGUGUAAUAAAUUUUAUGUUGAGCAGUGUCAGUGAUAAACCCCUUGUUGUGUUAAUUUUGUUAUUUAAAUAUGUUUUUUUUUACUGAUGUGUAAUCAGACCUCUAUUACUGACAUGAUAUGUGCUGUUGUAUUUAUAACUUAUAGUGCACAAAUACGUUUUUUUAAUGCACUAAGUAUAAGACAAGUACACUAUUAUUUUUCUAUUAUUCUUCUUUUAUUUAGGACUUUGUUUAAUGUUAUAUAGGUGGCUGAAAUUGUAAGAAUUCGCUCGUAUAAAAUUGGUAAAAACGUCCAAUCCUUAAAUUAAUAAUUUCAAAAAUAUCUUUUAUUGGGAAGUCACCUUAUCUGCCACAACACCGCAUAGGGUUAUAUAUGAUAAAGGCAACUCAAGUGUAGUAAGUUGAUUACAGCAAUGAAAAAUUGAUGAUUUAAUAAUGCUCAUUAAUAAACUAAAUAAAUAACAUUCCUAGUUUAGCGAAAACAGUCAAGCAACAAUGUAUGAAUGAUGUAUGAAUGAUGUGUGAUGUAUGAAUUAUGUGCGAUGUAUGAAUGAUGUGUGAUGUAUGAAUGAUGUGUGAUGUAUGAAUUAUGUGCGAUGUAUGAAUGAUGUGUGAUGUAUGAAUUAUGUGCGAUGUAUGAAUGAUGUGUGUGAACAGUCAGCAACAAUGUAUGAAUUAUGUGUGAUGUAUGAAUGAUGUGUGAUGUAUGAAUUAUGUGUGAUGUAUGAAUGAUGUGUGAUGUAUGAAUUAUGUGCGAUGUAUGAAUGAUGUGUGAUGUAUGAAUUAUGUGCGAUGUAUGAAUGAUGUGUGUGAACAGUCAGCAACAAUGUAUGAAUUAUGUGUGAUGUAUGAAUGAUGUGUGAUGUAUGAAUUAUGUGUGAUGUAUGAAUGAUGUGUGAUGUAUGAAUUAUGUGCGAUGUAUGAAUGAUGUGUGAUGUAUGAAUUAUGUGCGAUGUAUGAAUGAUGUGUGUGAACAGUCAGCAACAAUGUAUGAAUUAUGUGCGAUGUAUGAAUGAUGUGUGUGAACAGUCAGCAACAAUGUAUGAAUUAUGUGCGAUGUAUGAAUGAUGUGUGUGUCGCCAUUUCACUUUUUCUUACUGAACUACAUGUAUAUAAAAAAGGACUUAUAUUUUUACAUUUUAUGGAGGCUGUUUAAUUGAGAAAAAAUUUAUAAUGAAGCAUUGAAAUUCCUUGAUAGUUUUCACUUAAAUGUUUGACUGUUGAAAAACAGUGAAUCACUUGAAUUACCUUUUAACCACAUAAAAACAUCCAAUGUCUAAGAAUAAUUCAGCUAUUAAGCAGUGGAUUUUGAUAUCAAACAAGACAUGUAUAAAACAUAUUUGUUGAGUUUGGUUCAUUUAGUGAGUAGCCUUUUUCCAUAUGACUUGUGCUUGUAUUAUUACUAUAUUUUCUAGAUCGUUAUUUGUAUUUAAAUUUUAAUAAAUUACUUGUUAUGGUAGCAUGGAAAUUUUCAUGUACUUUUUCAUGUGUUAUUUAAACUUUUUUUAUAAUAAUAAAUAAAAUUGUUGAUUCUGAAAGUUUGCAUUGUGCAAUAAACCUUAUAUUAGACCGGUUA